CCCGGCCCCCAGCCCUGCCCCCAGCUCCCAGGGUCCGCUGCCUGCUUGUUAGCGUCUGCUCCGCAGCGGGAAGAAGCAGCAGGAAGAAGCACCAUGCUCCGCGCCGUCCUUUGUCAUGGCCUCCCUCGACUGAGCCGGCCGUCGGUGUGUCACUACUCUGCGGCCGCUGUCCCUGCCCCCAGCGGCCAGCCCGAGGUCCUCUUCACCAAGCUGUUCAUCAACAACCAGUGGCAGGAUGCAGCGAGCGGGAAAACCUUCCCCACCAUCAACCCCGCCACGGGGGAAGUCAUCUGUCAGGUUGCUGAGGCUGAUGGGGCAGAUGUAGACAAGGCAGUGAAAGCAGCGCGGGAUGCCUUUAGGUUGGGGUCACCAUGGCGACGGAUGGACGCCUCUCAUCGCGGCCUGCUGCUCAACCGAUUGGCCGAUGCCAUCGAGAGGGACUCUGCCUACCUCGCUGAACUGGAGACCCUUGACAAUGGGAAGCCGUACGCUGUUUCCUACAUGGUGGAUCUGCCCAACGUGGUCAAAUGUUUCAGGUACUACGCGGGCUGGGCUGACAAGUGGGAGGGAAAGACCAUCCCCAUCGAUGGAGACUAUUUCUGCUACACCCGACACGAACCCAUCGGAGUCUGUGGACAGAUCAUCCCGUGGAACUUCCCUCUGCUGAUGCAGGCGUGGAAGCUCGGCCCGGCCCUGGCGACCGGUAACACCGUGGUGAUGAAAGUGGCGGAGCAGACGCCGCUCACAGCUCUCUACGUAGCCAGCCUGAUUAAAGAGGUGGGCUUUCCUGAAGGUGUUGUGAAUAUCGUGCCAGGCAUGGGACCUUCAGCUGGGGCCGCCAUCGCAAGCCACAUGGAUGUUGACAAGUUGGCCUUCACUGGAUCCACGGAGGUGGGUCAUCUGAUCCAGAAGGCUUCAGGCAGCAGUAACCUAAAGAAAGUCACUCUGGAGUUGGGAGGAAAGAGUCCCAACAUCGUCCUGUCUGACGCCGACAUGGAAGAUGCAGUGGAGCAGUCCCACUUCGCUCUGUUCUUCAACCAAGGCCAGUGUUGCUGCGCCGGCUCCCGAACGUUUGUCCAAGCCGACAUCUACGAUGAGUUUUUGGAGAGGAGUGCCGAGCGAGCUCGGAGACGCGUGGUGGGAAACCCCUUUGACCUAAAGACCGAGCAGGGACCUCAGGUGGACGAGGAGCAGUUCAACAAGAUCCUGGGCUACAUCAGCAGUGGGAAGAGAGAGGGAGCCAAGCUGAUGUGUGGGGGGGGAGUGGCUGCUGACAGAGGCUACUUCAUCCAGCCCACGGUGUUCGGAGACGUCCAGGACAACAUGACCAUCGCCAGGGAGGAGAUCUUCGGCCCAGUGAUGCAGAUCCUGAAGUUCAAAACGCUGGAGGAGGUUGUGACGAGAGCCAACGACUCCAAAUAUGGUCUGGCAGCCGCCGUGUUUACUAAAGACAUCGACAAGGCGCACUACGUGUCCAACGCACUCCGCGCCGGCACAGUGUGGAUUAACUGUUAUGACGUGUUUGGGGCUCAGGCCCCGUUUGGAGGCUACAAGGCCUCCGGUAAUGGCAGAGAGCUCGGAGAGUACGGCCUGGACAACUACACAGAAGUCAAAACGGUGACCAUCAAGGUGCCACAGAAGAAUUCUUAGACAUCCUACUGCUCUCUAUCAGACCUUCAUUUCAGCACGUUGGACCCCUUUCAGCUGUGGCUCUGCACCCACCGUCCACACUCGCCAUAUCUUUAUUUUUCCACCUGAAUCCAUGUAAUCAAACUAUGAAGACACAAUCUGUUUUCAUUUCUACAUUUUCUUAAUAAAGGCAUUUGAGGCACUUA